GGGCUCGCGGAGCCGGUGGGAGGGAGGGGUGCGACCCAGCCGGGCCCCUGCCCCCCUCAGGCGCGGGCCCCUCGCUGCAGUGUCGCGUGUGCGGGGACAGCAGCAGCGGGAAGCACUAUGGCAUCUACGCCUGCAACGGCUGCAGCGGCUUCUUCAAGAGGAGCGUGCGGCGGAGGCUCAUCUACCGGUGCCAGGUGGGGGCGGGGAUGUGCCCGGUGGACAAGGCCCACAGGAACCAGUGCCAGGCCUGCCGCCUGAAGAAGUGCCUGCAGGAGGGCAUGAACCAGGACGCUGUGCAGAAUGAGCGCCAGCCGCGGAGCUCGGCCCAGCUGCGGCUGGCUAGCGUGGAGUCAGACCCGGAGCCCCGGCUGGAGCCCCUGGGGGCCCCCCUGGCCCCGGCGGGGCCCAGCCCACGGGGCCCCACGCCUGUUUCUGCAGCCAGAGCCCUGGGGCCUGGGGCCCUCACGCCGCCGGGGCACCACCACUUCAUGGCCAGCCUUAUAACAGCCGAAACAUGUGCUAAGCUGGAGCCAGAGGAUGCCGACGAGAAUAUUGAUGUCACCAGCGAUGAUCCCGAGUUUCCCUCAUCCCCAUACUCCUCCUCAUCGCCCUGUGGCCUGGACAGCAUCCAUGAGACAUCAGCUCGCCUCCUCUUUAUGGCCGUCAAGUGGGCCAAGAACCUGCCCGUGUUCUCCAACCUGCCCUUCCGCGAUCAGGUGAUCCUGCUGGAGGAGGCAUGGAGUGAACUCUUCCUCCUCGGGGCCAUACAGUGGUCUCUGCCUCUGGACAUCUGCCCACUGCUGGCCGCGCCCGAGGCCCCCGCUGCUGGCAGCUCCCAGGGCCGGUUGGCACUGGCCAGUGCAGAGAGCCGCAUCCUGCAGGAAACAAUCUCACGGUUCCGAGCCUUGGCGGUGGACCCCACAGAGUUCGCCUGCAUGAAGGCCCUGGUCCUCUUCAAACCAGAAACUCGGGGCCUGAAGGAUCCUGAGCACGUGGAGGCCUUGCAGGACCAGUCCCAAGUGAUGCUGAGCCAGCACAGCAAGGCACACCACCCCAGCCAGCCUGUGAGGUUUGGGAAAUUGCUCCUGCUUCUCCCAUCUUUGAGGUUUAUCACUUCCGAACGAGUUGAGCUCCUCUUCUUCCGCAAGACCAUAGGGAAUACUCCAAUGGAGAAGCUCCUUUGUGAUAUGUUCAAAAACUGAGGGAGGAGGAAGUAAAUGGGUCCAACUACUUUAGGAAACAGCCUACUGAAGGCACUCACUUGCCUGCCCUGUGACCCAGCAAUCCCACCUGUAGGUAUGUGUCCCAAGCAGAAAUAUCCACCAAAAGAUAUUAUGAAAAUAUUCACAGCAGCUUUAUUCAUAAUAGCCCCUGACAGUACAUCGGCAGUAGGAUGAAUUAAUAAAUUAUGGUAUAUUCAUUUAAUGGAAAACGGCAAUCAAGAAGAAUCAACUACCAACACAUGUGACAACAUGGAUGAAUUUCGCAGACAUAAAAGUAGAAGGAAAGAACUUUGCCAGGCACAGCUUCUGCUUAUACAAAGUUCAUGAACAGGCAAGACUAACUGGUGGUGGCGGAAGCUGGAAUAGUGUUUACCCCUGGAGUAGGGAGGUGGGGUGGUUGGAAAGGGGCCCAGAGGAGCCCUCUGGUGACUAGAAAUGUUCUUGAUGUUGACCUAGGUGGUGGUUUCACAAAUUCUCUCAUUCAUAAAAAUUGAUUGAGCCGCACACUUGAGAUUUGUGCAUUUUACUGUAUUAUGUUAAAUCUCAAUAAAAAAGUGGACAAAAAAUAAAACCAAGAA